AUGGCUGGAACAACCGCUGCAGUUUACUCCGGAGAUGCUCUGACAUCGCCCCCUAACGGCAAUGCUUCCUGGGACUAUGCGGUUCCCGUUGGACCGGAGGUUGGUUACUCUUUGUCUUUCGUUCCCUCUCCAUCCCUUCACGUCUUCUCUCCUGGUCCUUUUGUUUCUGUGUCUUGCCGCUACAUUUAUGGUCCUGCCCAUGUGGAUCCACAAAGCAAAGGAGCUUCCAACGAUUCGGGCACCGCCUAUCAGAGAUCCUCCCAUCGACACCGCACCCCCACCGGAAUUCCGCGAUCUCGCAACUCGUCGCAGUCUGGAAGACGGGAUAGCAGUGCGCACGACUCGCAUGGGCGCGAGAUAGGACCGCCGACAGCGGCGAGGGAUUCGGGAGAUAUUUCCCAUCAUAAUACGCGGAAGGGCGAUGGCGCCGGCAAGUUCUAUAGCUCCCCGGAUCCCGAAGACGACGACGACAACUGGAUCCAUCGAGACAAGCUGGCCCGCAUUGAGAGCGAGGAGCUUCAGCAGGCGGCGAUGCGCAUCCAGCGGCAGGUCCGUGCAGGGAGCAAAUCCAGCAGUUUGCGCGGCCGGAGCCACGAUUCGCACAGCAACAGUGUCAAUGGCACUGUCACCACGCCGCCGACGGAGUACACAGAACCGUGGCCCAGUCUCCAGCGACAGCAGCUCGAUUCGCCUAUCCCUCUUGAGGAUGUCGAACAGGAUGCCCCGACGGAAGCAGAAAGGAUGAAUUGGGACCUGCGUCGGCCGGAGGAGAUUGCGGCGGAGUCUCUGGACGAGAAUAGCGCCUCCAAAUUGUACAAGAGUCCUGGGCUGAAGAAGAGUUCGUCACGGAUCCCCGUUCUGACGACCAGUCCCCAUCCUAUAUCCCCGGACCAAGUUGAACGUGAGUUUCCUAUCAUACAACGCGCACGUACUCGCACGCUGGGAAGCGGAGACGAAGGCAGUGUGUCCCGCAGAGCCAGUGAAUCGGUAGUUGACAAUCCUGAAGCGUCUUCCUCUCUCCCUGCGGAAGCAACCUCGACCCCUCCAUUGUCCUCCAGCCGCCCCGGUAGCCGAGCAGGCCCGCAGUCACAGCAGCAGUCGCAGCAGCAGUCGCAAGCCCAGUCGUCCCCUGCUAAGAAGACCCCCGCGAAGAGCACUCCGUCCUCGACCGGCCGAAAGACCUCCGCCCAACACCGAAAAACGUCGGCGACGCAGAAACCGCGAGCACCGUCCGGCAGCAACGCCGCUAAAGACCGCCCCGCGACGCGAUCCGGCGAGAACCGGCCAACGACCGCUGUCAACCGUCCGGAAGGCGAUCCGCCAUGGCUGGCGACCAUGUACAAGCCGGACCCGCGACUACCCCCCGACCAGCAGAUGCUGCCGACGCAUGCGAAGCGGAUGCAGCAAGAGCAGUGGGAGAGGGAGGGCAAGACGCCGUCGGCGUAUGACCGCGAAUUUGCGCCGCUAGCUGUUCGUCCGGACGAUGACCAGCCGCGCGCGAGUCCGGAGCCGGCCAAGGCAGAGCCGGAACCUCAGGAACAUCAGCAACAGCAACAACAAGAACAAGAACAAGAGACCACACCAGCAGCAGAUCAGCAAGCGUGGCCGCUCAAGUCACCCAAGAGCCCCGAACCGACGAACCGUCCCGGGACGAGUGGCACGAAUUACAGCACGAUGCCCAAGGUGCAAACGGGGCCUCCGGUCGGGCUGCUGGUGCCGCAGAAGGCGCAACCGCCGCCAGCGGCCGUCCCGGAGCCCGUGAAGGAGGAGAAAGGUUGCGGAUGCUGCAUCGUAAUGUGA